AACACAAAUCAUUAAUGCUGAGUUCUGAGGAUAUUAUAGCCAUAUAAGGACACGAUUACAAUUACAGAUGGGUUUGUUUGAACAAGCAGCUCCUAAAACCAGAUAACGGGUUAAGUAAUUCACCUGUAAUAGGUGACUUCUUCACCUGUGUACAAUCAGGUUAUACUUUGGUCUGGAGAAUAUUUCUCUGCACAAUCAGAGAUAACCUGGUGCAUUUGUACUUAAGAUGUCGGGGAAGCCCCAGCUGAUUGGCUACACGCCGACCUCCAACGAGGGGUCAGGCAAAAACAGCAUGGAAAUGAAUGGAAAAGGUGCUGGAAAAGAUUCUGAGGGAGAGGGGGAGUUGGCCGUUAAUGGUCGCCCAGCAACAGCGUCCACAGUGGACAUGGACAAAGUGGAAAUUAAAACGGGCAAAGAUGACGAGAAAGAAAAAGAGAAGAAAGAACCCCAGAAAAUGGUCGGCACUUGUGAAAUCUUUAAGUAUGCAGACUGUUUGGAUGUGUUUCUGAUGUUCCUGGGAUCGUUCUGUGCCCUGUGUCAUGGCGCCGCCCUGCCUUGUAUGAUCAUCGUGUUCGGGAAUAUGAUUGACACCUUCGUGGAGUCGGGAAAGCUCCAGUAUUUCCUCCAAAGCCUGAAUUCUACUUACUUACAAUCCCAGGGACUCAGUGUAGAAGGUAUCAUCAAGGAUCCAAAAAUUCUGCAGCCACAUUUGUCAAACUUGACAACAUAUUACAACGUAACAGACUUCUCAAUUUACAACAAUUCCAUACAGUAUGAUUUGUUGGACACUAUGACAGAAUUUGCUGUUUAUUAUAUAGCCAUUGGUUGCGGUGUACUGGUGCUAGGAUAUGGUCAGGUGGUAUGCUGGGUGACCGCCGCAGAGCGACAGUGCCACAGAAUCCGAAUCUCGUUCUUCCGCAAUGUAAUGCGACAGGAGAUAGGCUGGUUUGACACUCAUGAUUCAGGGGAGCUCAGCACGAGACUCGCAGAUGAUAUCAAUAAAAUCCACCUGGGAAUCGGUGACAAGAUGGGGACCUUUGUUCAGUGGAUGUCUGGGUUCUUCGCAGGAUUCACUAUCGGAUUUAUCUACGGGUGGAAACUAACGCUGGUCAUCCUGGCCAUUACCCCACUGCUGGCUGGAGUAGCCACACUGAUGAACAAGCUUCUGUCCCUGAGUGCCAGUAAGGAGAUGACAGCUUACGCUAAGGCUGGCUCGGUGGCAGAGGAAGUCCUCGGAGCCAUCAGAACUGUCGCCGCGUUUGGUGGACAGACCAAGGAGUGUGCCAGGUAUGACAGUCACCUGGAGGAAGCUAAGAAGAACGGGGUGAAGAAGGGGAUCACUGUGGGCUGGUCCAUGGGUCUGGUUUAUCUGGUCGUGUUCUGUGCCUACGGUCUUGGAUUCUGGUAUGGAGCCAAGCUGAUCCGCGAGGACGAUGAUUACAAAGUCUCCAAUGUCCUCAUUGUCUUCUUCAGUGUUCUGAUUGGAGCAUUUUCUCUCGGACACGCAGCUCCCAGCAUGCAAAGUUUAUCUGUGGCAAGGGGAUCUGCAUUCACUGUCUAUGCCUUGAUAGAACAGGAGCCUCAUAUUGACUCGGCCUCUGAUCAGGGGGAGAAACUGUCCUCCGUCAGCGGAAACCUGACGUUGAGGAACGUCCGAUUCCGAUACCCGGCCAGGGAGGAAGUACAGGUGUUAAAAGGUGUCAGCUUGGACAUCAAUCGAGGAGAAACUGUGGCCCUGGUGGGAUCAAGUGGGUGUGGCAAGAGUACCAUCAUACAGCUACUACAGAGGUUCUACGACCCGGAGGAAGGGGAGGUCGCUCUUGAUGGCAAAAACAUCCGAAGUCUGAAUACAAAAUGGCUGAGACAGCAGAUAGGAGUGGUCAGCCAGGAACCUGUCUUGUUUGCCACAACCAUCGCAGAAAACAUCCGCUAUGGCAAAGAAGGGAUUUCCCAGCAAGAAAUCGAGGCUGCCUCGAAAAUGGCUAACGCCCACGACUUCAUCAUGAAACUUCCUAAUAAAUACGAGACGCUGGUAGGAGAGCGCGGGGCCCAGAUGAGUGGUGGACAGAAACAGAGGAUCGCUAUUGCCCGUGCCCUGGUCAGGGAUCCCAAAAUCCUACUGCUGGACGAGGCCACGUCAGCCCUGGACACAGAGAGCGAGUCAGUGGUACAGGAGGCCCUCGACAAGGCUAGAGCAGGAAGAACAACUGUAGUGGUCGCACACCGACUGUCCACCAUCAAAACGGCCGAUAAAAUAGCGGGAUUCCAGGAAGGGGUCAUAGUGGAGAAUGGAACACACGACGAACUGAUGAAAAAAGGGGGCGUGUACUUCACACUGGUGACCAAUCAGACUCGGGAAGUAGAUGAAGAAGAGGAAAUGCUGAUAUCUAAAUUUGUCAGUCCAUCGGAGAAAGAGAAGAAGUCCUUGGAUCGUCAGAUUUCCUAUCAGAUAAAGAGUCCGCUCAGAAACCAGGUGUCCAUUGAUAAAGUCCCGGGGGUGGAGGAGGAGGAGAAAGGGGGAAAGAAAAAGAAGAAAGAGUCUGAUGAGCCACCACCUGCUAGCAUGGCCCAGAUAUUAAGGAUGAAUGCUAAGGAAUGGCCCUAUAUUCUGUUUGGUUGUCUGGCUGCCCUGCUUAAUGGAGGUGUUCAACCCUCAUUUGCUGUCAUUUUCUCUGAAAUCUUAGGGGUAUUUUCUGAGCCGGACCAAGAAAAACAGGAGAGAGAAGUAGAAAUGUACGUUCUCAUUCUCUGUGGAAUUGGAGGUGUCAGUUUCUUCACCUUUCUCAUUCAGGGCUACUGUUUUGGAGUGUCUGGGGAAUCCCUUACGAUGAGGCUACGACGUCUAGUGUUCAAGGCGAUGCUGAGACAGGACAUCUCCUGGUUUGACGACCAUAAAAACACGACAGGUGCUCUCACCACACGACUGGCCACUGACGCCUCGCAGGUUCAAGGGAUCUCUGGAGCCAGACUAGGGAGCAUUGUACAGAGUAUAGCUAACCUGGGGACGGCCAUCAUCAUUGCGUUUAUCUAUGGCUGGAAGCUGACCCUGGUCAUAAUGGCCUUCUUGCCAUUCAUCAUGAUUGCUGGGAUGUUACAGAUGAAGCUGCUACAAGGAGUGGCAGGACAAAACAAAGAAGCAUUAGAGGAAGCAGGAAAAACUGCUACGGAAUCGAUUGAGAACAUGCGUACCGUGGCUAGCCUGACCAAGGAGGAGAAGAUGGUUCAGAAUUACAAGGCCCUGCUCCAGGGGCCUUACAGUGCCUCGCUGAGGAAGGCCCACCUGACCGCCAUCGCCUUCUCCUUCGCCACGGGAAUCCUGUUCUUUGCCUAUGCCGCCUCCUUCUGGUUUGGAGCCUAUCUGAUCCGACAGAAUGAGAUGGAGUACACUGAUGUAUUUAAGGUGUUUAGUGCCAUUGUGUUUGGUGCCAUGGCCCUGGGACAAGCCAGUGCUUUUGCUCCUGAUGCUUCUAAAGCCAAAGUUUCUGCUGCCCAUAUAUUCCAUAUGCUGAAAAUGGAACCCAAAAUUGACCCUUACUCCGAGGAGGGCAAGAGAGAUCUCACUGUACACAGUAAGGUCCGAUUUGAGGGUCUACAUUUCCGUUAUCCCACACGACCAGACGUGGAGGUGCUACAGGGUCUGACCCUUGAAGUUAACCCCGGGGAGACGGUGGCAUUAGUGGGGGCCUCAGGGUGUGGCAAGAGCACCACAGUACAACUGAUGGAGCGAUUCUAUGACCCAGAGGAAGGGGUAGUGUAUUUGGAUGAAAAUAAUAUCAAAGAUCUGAACGUCCAGUGGCUGCGUCGCCAGAUCGGAAUCGUAUCCCAGGAACCUGUACUGUUUGAUUGCAGUAUCGCAGAAAACAUAGCGUACGGGGAUAACUUCAGAGAGGUUAAGAUGGCAGAGAUCAUCGAGGCUGCCAGAAAAGCCAACAUACACAGCUUUAUUGAAUCCUUACCAAGUGGCUAUGACACACUUUGUGGUGAUAAGGGGACACAACUCUCAGGUGGACAGAAGCAGCGAGUGGCCAUUGCCCGUGGACUGGUCAGAAAUCCCAAGAUCCUACUGUUGGACGAGGCCACAUCUGCCCUCGAUACAGAGAGUGAAAAGAUUGUCCAAGAAGCCCUUGACAAGGCACGAGAGGGAAGGACGUGUAUCGUCAUAGCUCACCGACUUUCUACGAUCCAGAACGCGGACAAGAUCUGUGUAAUCAAACACGGGGAGGUUGUAGAACAGGGUCGCCAUAGCGACCUAAUGAGUAAACAAGGCAUAUACUACAGACUCGUAACCACAGCUCAAUCAAGAGGCUGAAUUCUGUGUUUGUAUAGGUUUUGUAAUUUAUGACUAUUUUUUUUAAAGAAUUGCUAUUCACAAGUACGACUGACCGGUGCAACUUAUAAAGGUCCCAGUCUGCUUGUUUCUGUUGUAUGUUAUACGUGUAGUAUUAAUGUGCCUGGAAGUAUUCACUAAAAUGACAAAACUUGUAUAGUGAUACCAGUAUAAGAUAUAAUGCUGUUUCAUGCUUCACUAUGACAUGUGUAGUACAUUGAGAAGACUUUUAUUUUUAGCAAUGAUGUAACACAUUUCAUGAAACAGACCAAAGAGAAAUCUCAGGAUUUUCAUUGUUUGUCUAAGUGAAUUGUUUAACGUCAAAUAUUUUUAAAGAUUUUGUUCAUAUAGCUAAGGCUAAUAAUAUUAUGAAGGAUUCAUAAAUGAGAACUACACAAACAGUAACAUGCACAAAUAUUUUGCAUUUUGAACACUUGUAUACAUCUUUUUGUAAGGAUAUUUAAAUUAGAAAAUGUAUAUACAUAUAUGUGUCCUCAAAUAUUUACAAAAUACAUAGAUGUGUACUUUGUUCAGGAUUGCACAUUUUUCAUGCAUUUU